UCGCAGCACUGCAGUGGGAGGGGUGCUCCCAAACCGGCCCAGAGACACCUUGCCAGCCGCCUCGAUGACCACACCACCGCGACCACCAUCACCAUCACCACCACCACCGCCACCGCCGCCACCACCACGUUCCGUGCCAACCGAGGCCCUCCCACAGCCCUUGAGGACCCGUGGACUAUCUCAGCUGACCAGCAGCCUCUACAUAGGUAAUGCCGUGGCCGCUAACAACAGGUACCUGCUUACCACCAACCGUAUCACCACCGUCAUCAAUAUCUCUGUGGAAAUCGUCAACACGUUCAUUGAGAACAUUCAAUACGUGAAGGUACCUGUGCCCGACUCCCCCAGAGCGCGCAUCAGCGAUUUCUUCGAUGCCAUCGCGGACUACAUCCAUGGAGUGGAGCUGUGCCAGGGCCGCACGCUGGUGCACUGCCACGCGGGCAUCAGCCGCUCCUCCACCGUGUGCAUGGCCUACCUGAUGAAAUACCACUCGCUCUCGCUCCACGAAGCGCACAUCUGGACCAGGGCCUGCCGUCCGGUGAUACGCCCGAACCACGGAUUUUGGGAGCAGCUGAUUGAGUAUGAAUUCAAACUGUUCGCCAGAAACACCGUCCGGAUGAUUGACUCCCCCCUGGGGAGAAUCCCGGAUGAAUACCAAAAGGAGUUUCAGCUGAUGAUGUUCCUGUGAGCCACCCUGCCCAGCUCCUGUCACCUGCUGUGGAUCCACAUCAUCAUGAAACUGUGACUGUUGAACUUGGGUCCCCAUGGACAACCCAAUGACUUUUAGACGGGCAAGCAACAAGGGGGGCUGCUGAAGUCUUUGGCUUG